CCCUCGGCCCCGCCCCGGGCCGCAGCUGCAGGGUCUCCAGGGCUGGGUACCGGGUCCCUCCAGCCAGGAUACCCGGCGCCCGCGCUCAGGUGCCACCGCUGGGAAGGUGACCCGCAGCCCCGGGACCACCCGAUUCCUUUCCGGCCGGAAGCACCCCGCAGGUCCGACCGGAAGGGGCGUCUCAACCCUAAGAUGUGACAAAGGAAGUCCCGCCUCUGCCGCGCGACCGACUCCGCGGACGCCACCGAGCUCCGAGCCGGUCUCGCAGGGGCGGGCAAGUGAGGACCUCAAUGCAUUUGGUUCUGGAGCUGCCAUGAUUGAAGUGGUAGCUGAGCUGAGUCGAGGUCCUGUGUUUCUGGCCGGGGAGGCUCUGGAAUGUGUGGUGACCGUCACUAAUCCUCUGCCCCCGACCGCCACUUCUGCAUCCAGUGAGGCUCUGGCCUGGGCCAGUGCCCAGAUCCACUGCCAGUUCCAUGCCAGCGAGAGUCGAGUAGCACUGCCACCCCCUGACUCUAGUCAGCCGGAUGUCCAGCCUGACAGCCAGACUGUCUUUCUACCACACCGAGGUGAGAGGGGCCAGUGUAUCCUUUCCACUCCACCCAAAAUUCUGUUUUGUGACCUGAGGCUAGACCCUGGCGAGUCCAAAUCAUACUCCUACAGUGAAGUGCUGCCCACGGAGGGGCCACCUUCCUUUCGGGGUCAGUCGGUCAAAUAUGUCUACAAAUUGACCAUUGGCUGCCAGCGUGUCAACUCACCCAUCACCUUACUCCGUGUCCCUCUGAGAGUUCUUGUGCUGACUGGUCUUCAAGAUGUCCACUUCCCCCAGGAUGAGGCUGUGGCACCAUCCAGUCCGUUCUUAGAGGAGGAUGACAGUGGGAAGAAGGACUCAUGGCUGGCUGAGCUAGCUGGGGAGCGCCUCAUGGCUGCCACAUCCUGCCGCAGUCUCCAUCUCUACAAUAUCAGCGAUGGCCGAGGGAAAGUCGGGACAUUUGGUAUCUUCAAAUCUGUGUACAGACUUGGCGAGGACGUGGUGGGGACCUUAAACUUAGGGGAAGGGACCGUAGCGUGUCUGCAGUUUUCAGUAAGCUUGCAAACUGAAGAGCGGGUACAGCCUGAAUACCAGCGACGCCGAGGGACCGGAGUUGUCCCUUCAGUGUCCCAUGUGACUCAUGCCCGGCACCAGGAGUCCUGCCUACAUACAACCAGAACCAGCUUCUCUCUUCCCAUCCCUCUUUGCUCGACUCCUGGCUUCUGCACUGCCAUUGUGUCCUUGAAGUGGCGAUUACAUUUUGAAUUUGUAACAUCCCGAGAACCAGAAUUGGUACUUCUGCCCCCACUGGAACAGCCUGAGCCUGCGACCUGGACAGGACCUGAACAGGUGCCUGUAGACACCUUCAGCUGGGACCUCCCCAUCAAAGUGCUUCCUACAAGCCCCACCCUGGUCUCAUAUGCUGCCCCAGGCCCUAGCACCAGCAGUAUAACUAUCUGAAACUGGCUCAUAUGCCCACCAUGGCAACUAGUUUUUUUUUUUUUUUUUUUUUUUUUUUUUUUUUUUUUUUUUUUUUUCAAGAAACUGAGAACUCAACACCUGGACUCCAGUGAGGGCCCACUUUCCCCACCUGGGUAGCACAGGCAAUGAGAAACGGGCUUUCAGCUGUAGCAUUAAUUUAUUUAUUUGGAGGAAAUUGGCAGCUGCUAGUGGUUUCCCUGGAAGUGGCAGCAGCAGCAGUGAGCGGUCAGCAGAUGGGCGAGCCUUUAGCUGGAGUGGGGGGCAGGAGCCCCAGGAACAGGGGUGUUAGCUGAGCCCCAUUCUAAGUCGGGUCCCCCCCCUUUGCAGGGCAGCCGAGGGUCAGCUUUUUGCACCAGGGAAAAUUGACAGGUUCCUGCCUCCUGUAGCACUUCACACCCAGCAGGGAAGUCAAUGGGAUGCUGAGACCUAGAGAUCCAAAGAUUGCAAGUCAGUACAGUAAGAAGCCACCUUUAGGGCCUGCCCUUCCCACUCAGCCGUCCUCCCACGCCCUCCCAGCACUCCAGCUAAGCUCUCUCACUCCCACAUAAGGACUUUUUAGUGCUCCCAAGCAGGACUUCUUCCUGCAGAUCUACCUCGCUCGCCCACUUCCCCCCCACCCCACCCCUCCGUUGGUGCCUUCAUUUCUGCAGUCUCCAGAUGCUCUUCUGUUUACUCUUGCCUCAAGAAAUCUAGGGACUCCCAGGCCAUCCCUUAGGCACACCAGAGGCAUUCCCUCUGACCCUCUUGGCUACUCACGUGUCACAGCAGCCCACACCGACAGGAUGCAGACAGGUACAAUGGAAACAGUCCUUGCGGAGCCAAGAUUCACCCAGAGUGAAAUAUUUACCCUCAUAGUGGCAGGGGGCUAGGUAAGGAUGAGAAUUGCUGUGUUAGUAGAUGAGAAUUGGGAGCCUUGGCAGCAGUCUCUCCUGGUCUGGAGUGGGAGAGAAUCCAUGCACACGACCCCUCCGGAUAGCCUUCCUGUUUCACAAAUUGAAGGACUGGCUAUUCUAACACAGUGUUGGGCAUCUCUAAGCCUUCAUCACUGUCUUCAUCUUUCCCUUAAGCAUCUGUCCUCCUUACCUUGAGCUUGGAAGUAACACUUGCUGUUAACUCCAGGGUGCUGUAGGAAUAGAGACACCACCAGGCAGAUGAUCCUCCAGCCUCCGAGGAUCCCCUUGGCCUGGCCAGCCCAGAGCAUCCUUAGGGCCAUUCCUGCAGCUCAGCUCUCUCAGACUCCUCCUGGCUUCUGCUCAGAUUCCUCUGGUCUUACCCCCUUGCUUUUCUUGCCUUGCUCCUUGACUCCUGAGUUUCUCUCUCCUUGGGCUCCAGUCUCAUACCAUGGCAGUGCCCUCUGCUCUUACAGGCUGGGAAUGUUUAUAAAGUGAGGACCCUGGCCCCCUGCUGAGGAAAGCUGGAAGGCUGGAACUCUGUUUCCUGAGGUGAGGGCAUGAAAACAAGAGGUCCAGCUUUUAACAAGCUGUGAGAGCUGAUUCAUGCCCCCACACAGCUAGGAGGAGGGAGGUGGCCAUGGAAGGGGCACUGGACUGGCACUUCCACAACCAGGAGGGGGGGAGGGGUGAAGGCCCCAGGUGGUCCCCAGAUCUCCUUGACCUGCAGAGAGGAAGCAUUCCAUCAACCCUCCCUCCACCACCAGCAGGGGUGUGUGUGCUGGGAUCCCUGCCUGGACCGGAGGGAGGCAUUUCCUGGGGAUGGCUAAUCCUGUGCCCCAGCCAAACCGAGGAGCUGCACAAGGGUGCAACUGCCAGAGUCUCCAGGAGAGCAGGCAGGCAUCUGGAAUGGAGAGUGUGUUUCCUUCAGACCCCAGGGCAGGGUGUCCCUGAUACAUCUGAAAAAUAGCUGCCCUCAGCAUUGUGAGGAGAGGGGUUCAUUCAAAAGCACCCUAAAGAUAAACUGCAUUUUUACCCCAAGUGGACAGCAGAUGCAAGAUUGUCCCAUUUCCGGCAAUGCUUCUGGCCCCCCUCAAAGACAAGCAUCUCCAAAUACCCUAACAGAAGUCACCCCACUUUCACAGAGAUGGCCCCUCUUUUCUCAUGAUGGGACAAAGCUUCCUAAGGUCUGAGUUUCUGUAGACUCUGGAGGGUUGCUGGGACUCACAUGGCGACUACUCACUGGCUAUCUGACCUUGCACGGGUCACUUCACCUGCCACCCUGCUUCCUCAUCUGUGUAUUGAGAGUAGAAAUGCCAGCUCACGGGCUUGUGAGAUAGAUAGCACAUGGGAUGUUCUUAGCACCAUCUUUAGCCCAUGGCCCUCAGAAAAUAGCCACUGAUUGAUGCUAAAACUCAGACAAAAGUGAUGUUCUUUCCUCUGGACAGCAGUAAGUAGCUCUGCACAGCUGAAGGCUUCUGUUGUAGAUUCUCCAGACCACCUUCUGACUUUCACAUGUAUGUUCCAAGGUAUCCUACAACCUCCUUCAAACAUAUGUUGUCCUGGGAGCAUUUCGGUUUUAGUCCUUGACAUCUGGGUUGAAAAGUGAUGUCGGUAAAGAUGCUUUUCCUACUUCCGUACCUUGGGAAGAGGAUCAUGUCCCUUCAGCUAACUUUAGGACUCUGCUCUUUCUUAUUUGGAUUCUGACUUUCCCCUCAUCCCCUCACGUGAACUCCAAGACUCCUUUGUGACCACUUUGUGACCCUGGGCAAACUCAAGCCCUGCUAUUCCAGCAUUUCCUUUCCUGCUCCUAGGACUUUUGUUGUGGUUUGCAUUCAGGCCUGCAGUCUCACCCCUCGCUUUACUCCCCAUCACCUACCGCAGCAGACACAGCUUACACCUUGCCGACUUUGAGCCCCCCUCCUCCCGUUCAGCAGCUACUGUCAAUACAGCCCCCAAGCCCUUAGCUCCUUCCUCCAGGGUACCCUCUACCUUGCUGGGAUGUGUUCAGUGAUGGUGUUUGCUUACCAUUUCAGUGUCCCAGGUUCCACCCAAACACUCCCCAAAAUUGAUUGGAAGAAAACUAGAUUUCUUUUCAGGUAGAUAUCAAGAUAAAAACAGUGGAGAGCUUAUCAGGGGAUAACCAGGUAGGCCCCUGGGGCAUGGAGGGCAGAGCACAGCCUUGACUCUUUGCUAUCUUGGUUGGGAAAGGGAUUAGAGAGGAUCAAGCUUACAAGUCUGCUUAGUAGUUAGUUCUUACCACUGCCUUUGGGGGAUCCCACCAGAAGGCUGAGCAUAGACCAUUUUCUGCAGUAGCUAGAGACAAUGCAAGUGAGGCUAGAGGUCCUAGAAGCAGAGAAGGUACUGGAAAUGGGACCUGGUAGACAUUACUGUAUGAGCCACACCAAACUGCAAAGUGAGGACUAGCCUCCUGAAAUGCAGGUGAAGGUGUGUAGCUUCGGGGACUUCUGGAAGGAGACAGAGACUGAGCAGAAUUCCUUUCUGAGGUUACAGAGCAGUGGGGACCUGGCUGAUGGCCUGGGCAGUGGUGUGUAUGUAGGGGCAUCAGUGGUUAGAGCCCAGCCCACUGAGUCCCGGGGGGAAUAGCUUUUGGGGCAAGGGGCAGGACAGGGUUAGGGUGAGGGUUGGCACAGGUCACCUAUGCAGGGACAAGGAAAACAUCCGCCAGAGCUGGGCCAGGCUGUGUUCCAGCAGUGCAGGCAGGUGCGCAGGGUGAGGAAGUGAGCUCAUUCCGGGGCUGAGUCACCCCAACCCUGCCUGCUUUGCCCAAAUGGGACAGAGCACAGCAUUUGGAGAUGAGCGGAGAUGAUGGUUCAGGGAGAUUUGGGGACUGGAGCCUAGAAAGGGGAAGGUCCUGAACGAACCCAAAGGAAUCAGUCAUGGGAGGGGCUGCUUUCUGCCCAGCUGGCUGCAAAGUCCAAAGCCCCUAAAUUCAUAGCUUGUGGCUGAAUAGACACAGCGAGGCAGGCUAGAACUGGGAAACUGGAGGGGAAGGGCAGAGGAAAGGCCCUACCGAGUCUUCCUGGAGUGGAAGAUCCAGGAAAGUCAUGGUGGGUGGUGAGGCUCAUGCUGCUGAGACACCAUCCAUGCAAGUCAGAAGGUGUGAUCGGCCAGUUGGGUCUAUCAGGGCCAGUGUGAAGGAAGUGCUCCAGGGAGUAGUAGCAAGGGUUAGAUGCUUUGGAUCUUUGCAGUAGUGCCUGGUUCUAAAGAGGCUUUCUGUGCUGGAAUAGUUGUUUGGGAUUUCUCAGGUAAACUGAAACCAUGUUGGCCCUUACCAUCUUACACAAAGAUGGUGUAAUAGGAAAGUUCUCUGUGUCUCCCAUGGUACCCAGCCUGCCAUCCAGUACCCCACUCCCAAGCCCCCAAAGGAAGGCUGAUAGGGCUGUUUCCAUAGAACCAUCCAACACCAAGAAACAGGAGGGUUGCCCAUAGUGUGACGACCAGCUUGGGCUAUGGAGUGAGACCCUAUUUUAAAAAUAAAUUUGCUCUUACUGAAUCUUAAAAUCUUGAAUAAAGGUUGAAAAUCAA